AUGAAGGGCAUUGAGGAAACACUUGCCAAACUGCUAGUAGUAGUAUUACUCUCAGUGUCGGUAGCUCCCGCUGCCGGCCGCCAUCAUCAUCGAGGUACCAAAAAGAGAAGGAUGCAAAAGAUGCUAAAAAUGAAAAAGGAUACAAGCGUCACUACUAGCCGAAAAGGUACAAAGCUAACUGCCAGUUCGGUCAAAGGUGCCAUGGGAGGCACAAUAGUCGUAGGUUCCAAGGGAGUUGGUGGCCAAGGAGGUUCCAAAGUAGGCUUUAACGCUCCCUUUCCAGCACCUGUAGUGCUAUUGCCAUUGAUACCGACGUUGGCUCCUUCGAUGGAGGAACCUAGCAGACAACCCGUUACCAGAAUUCCAACAAGGACUCCCCGAGCUGGUGGCGGUGGCGGCGGUGCUGUUGCUGCUCCAACCGUAUGCUUGUCAACCCCUUGCCAAACAACAGCGCCUCCAGCCGUGCCCUGCGGUGUCGGUGGAGUUGCUUUCUUUUCAUCCAUUGCCACAAGAACUCUUACUGCAGCAGGCCAGACAUUGUCUUUUGACUUUACCGGGCUCCCCGCUCCCAUCGCUGGAACCACUGUCUUUAUUACAGCGUCUUACACAGGCGAUAUCGUAAAUGCUAACCAGUGUAUGGAGAUACAAGGUGAAGACGGUCCUACAUCUUCUGGAUUUUGCAAGAUUACAUCUACCACAACAACAACUACUUCUAUUGGUUACACAACAGCCACCGCAGCCGAGUUCAACGCUUGGAACGCGGAUGGAACAGUGACGAUUCAACAGGAUGCAAGCAGUUUUGUAACUGCGGUCGGCACGGAUGUCGCAAGCGUCCAAAUGCAAUACUGUACCCUUCUAACUUGCGGCACUCCUGGUGUUGCAGCAAUCUGUCCAAAUCAACCAGCUACACCGGUGGACUGUACUGCCUUUCCUGGUACAGCUUCCGUGGCGACUACGGCCCAAACCACUAAAUUAACUUCUACUGGCCAGCCUCUCGCGCUAUCAUUUGCCGGUUUGGCCGACUCUUUGUCUCCUGUCAAUAUCCUUGCAUCAUUUGAUGGUGACAUUGAUAGUGGGGCAAGAAGGAAUGAAUGUAUGGAUAUUUUGAGUGAAGGUGGUGUCUUUUCUGGAUCUUGUUACUUUGACGACAGAACGUAUGGUGCCGGCGGCAUAGCUCAAGUUGUAACACAAGCAACAGCAGCAGAGUUCAACGCAUGGAAUGUGGAUGGAACUGUGACGCUUACUAUGGAUGCCGACAGUGAUGUCAACCGUGGUGGCGCUGGAGGCUCGGAAGAUGCAACAUUCCAAUUGCAAUAUUGUGCAGUACCACCAUGUGGCGUUGCUGGUGUCUCUAACACUUGUCCAAAUCAACCAGCGACUGUAGUGGACUGUGCUAGCUUUCCAGGCACAACUUCAGUGACGUCUCCAAUUCUCAGUACUACUUUGACUUCCACUGGCCAGGCACUCUCAUUUUCAUUCACUGGGCUUCCCAAUUCUGCAUCUCCCGUCAAUAUCAUUGCAUCCUUCGAUGGUGACACGGAUAAUGGUGCUGGUGUCAACGAAUGCGUGGAUAUCGUGGGUGAAGGCGGCGGUGUCUUUUCUGGAUCUUGUUACUUUGACGAUAACACGUCUGGUGCUGGCGGCGGCAUACCGCAAGUUGUAACACAAGCGACGGCAUCAGAGUUCAACUCUUGGAAUGUGGAUGGAACAGUGACGCUUACAUUGGAUGCAGAUAGUGGUGUUGUUCCCGGAGGUGCUGCUGGCUCAGACGAUGGAACCGUCCAAUUGCAAUAUUGCGCCUUACCACCAUGUCAAGUUACUGGUGUCCUAGCCAUUUGUCCAAAUCAGCCAGCGCCCCCAGUGGACUGUACUGCCUUUGUUGGUUCAGUUUCAGUGACUAGGAUUCAAAGCACUAUUUUGACUACCAGAGGGCAGGCUCUUUCGUUAUCAUUUGCUGGAUUGCCCGACUCUGUGUCUCCCGUCAAUGUCAUUGCAUCGUUUGAUGGUGACAUUGAUGGUGGGGCAAGAAUCGAUGAAUGUAUGGAUAUUGUUUCCGAAAGUGGAUUAUUCUCUGGAUCUUGUUACUUUGACGACAGAACGUAUGGUGCCGGUGGUAUAGCACAAGUGGUAACACAAGCAACAGCAGCAGAGUUCAAUGCAUGGAACGUGGAUGGAACUGUGACGAUCAUUAUGGAUGCCGACGAUAGAGUUGAUAGUGGUGGUGGCUCAGGCGAGGCAACUGUCGAAUUGCAAUAUUGCGCAAUACCACCCCCGCCAACAUGUGGCACUGAUUUCAUCAAUUCUGCUUGUCCAAAUCAGCCUGCGACUCCUGUGGACUGUACUGCCUUUCCUGGUACAAUUUCAACGACGUCUCCAAUUCUCACUACUACUUUGACUUCCACUGGCCAGGCACUCUCAUUUGCAUUUGCUGGAUUGCCCGACUCUCAGUCUCCUGUCAAUGUCAUUGCGUCCUUCGAUGGUGGCACGGAUCAGAAUGUUGGUUUCGAUGAAUGUAUUGACAUUGUGGGUGAAGAUGGCGUCUUCUUUUCUGGAUCUUGUUACUUUGACGACAACACAUCUGGUGCUGGCGGCGGCAUACCGCAAGUUGUGACACAAGCGACGGCAGCAGAGUUCAACUCUUGGAAUGCGGAUGGAAUUGUGACGCUUAUUUUGGAUGCCGAUAGUGGUGUUGUUCCUGGAGGUGCUGCUGGCUCAGACGAUGGAACCGUCCAAUUGCAAUAUUGUUUCACACCACCCCCAGGAACAUGUGGCACUAGUUUCAUCAACUCUGCUUGUCCAAAUCAACCAGCGACUUCAGUGGAUUGUACUGCCUUUGCUGGCACAACCUCGGUGACGUCUCCAAUCAUUACCACUACAUUGACUUCCACUGGGCAGCCACUCUCGUUUGCAUUUACGGGACUUGCCAACUCUGUGUCUCCCGUCAAUAUACUUGCAUCGUUUGAUGGUGACAUUGAUAGUGGUGCAAGAAUCGAUGAAUGCAUGGAUAUUAUUUCCGAAAGUGGAUUAUUCUCUGGAUCUUGUUACUUUGACGACAGAACGUAUGGUGCCGGUGGUAUAGCGCAAGUUGUCACACAAGCAACAGCAGCAGAGUUCAACGCCUGGAAUGUGGAUGGAACAGUGACGCUAACUUUGGAUGCCGACAUUGGUGUCAACCGUGGUGGCGCUGGAGGCUCGGAAGAUGCAACAAUCCAAUUGCAAUAUUGUGCCUAA